AUGCUCCCACUAUCUCUCACCAGCUUCAUCUUCCCGCUCCUCACCUACUUCACCCCCGAUGCCCCCGCGCGAUCCCAACGCCCAUUACUCAGACCACAACCGCCGGCCCUCCAGUUCGAACUACGUCACCAGCACGCCGUCACCCCAUCCGCCCACGUCUACUUCUCCGAUAUCCCUCCACUGCGCGCCUCCGCGAACGGCGAUGGCGGCAGCUACCCGCAGUCGUAUGCUGUGCACACGCGUCCGGUGGUGACACACAAGCCAGCAUCGGCUGCCGCUUUCGCACGCGCGCGCACCCGCUCGAUGCAGCGUGCGGAGAGCGAGGCGCUGUGGUGGGACGAGGACGAGGUGCAGGGCCCGGAUACGGAGAAGCGGGAGACGCUGCUCAUGCUCGCGAAGAUGACGAGCAAUGCGUACAUCGCCCCUACGGAUCCCGGGUGGUACGAUCUCGGUGGGAACUGGACGGUGAACGAGCCGGUGGGGUGGGAGGACGACGCGGACGGGUUCCGCGGGUACGUGUUUGCGACGCCCGAUAAUUCCACCGUCGUUCUCUCCAUUAAGGGCACGUCUCUGGCGAUUGUCGGAGGCGGCGGAGGUCCGACGACCAAGAAGGACAAGCUGAACGAUAACCUGCUGUUCAGCUGCUGCUGUGCGCGCGUCGAUUGGACGUGGACGACGGUGUGUGGCUGCUAUCGCGGUGGAUGGAAGUGCAACCAGGACUGUGUCGAGGAGGCGUUGAUCGAGGAGAGCUUAUUCUAUCCCAUUGGGACUAAUUUGUACAAUAAUAUCUCUUAUAUGUACCCGGAAGCCAACAUAUGGCUCGUCGGGCACUCGUUGGGCGGAUCGCUUGCUUCGCUGCUGGGUGUGACAUUCGGCGUCCCCGCCGUCACCUUCGAAGCCCCAGGCGAGAAGAUGGCGUCCCAGCGACUGCAUCUCCCCUCCCCACCUUCGACGCAACAUGUGACCCAUGUUUACCACACUGCCGACCCCAUCCCCAUGGGCACAUGCAAUGGGGUGCUCUCCUCGUGCGCGCUGGGAGGAUAUGCAUUGGAGAGCCAAUGUCAUCUCGGGAAGGUCAUCGAGUACGAUACCGUAUCGAACUUAUCGUGGGCCGCGGAUGUGCGGACGCACGCGAUCCUCAACGUCAUCGACAAGGUGCUCAGCCAGCCGUGGGCCGCGGCGGAGGAGGUCGGGAGAGAGGUGCCCGAGCCGCGGGUGCAGGACGACUGCGUGGAGUGCUUCAGCUGGGAGUUUGGCAACUUCUCGAGCACUGGGGCGUGA